UCUGCUGUUCUCUUCCCUGACGGCAGGUGGCAGUAAUCAAUAGCAAUAACUCUCUGAAAGGCGGGAAGAAGAAGAACCGACACGGAAGUGCCUCGUGCUGGAGCGGGAAAGAUCAGGAACAUGGCGCGGCAGAUGGGAGACAGCCAUCGGAGGUUCCUCCAGACCAUGAUGAUCAACGGCAUCACGGAUGAGCAUGCAGUGAAGACGCUCCACCAGCACUGCUGUGAAGUCAGCAAGACGCCUCAUACUCCUGACAAACUGGAUGAAUUCAUUGAUACCAUCAACUCAAAGCUACAGCCACUGUUCAUGCAGAUCAGAAAAGGCAUGUCUGAGGUCAACGGUCACCAGUACUAUGUCCUGGUGAACAUGGCUGAGACCGACGUCACAAGGAUGUCUUCAGAUUAUGCCGACAAUGAGCUGGAGCUGUUCAGAAGAACCGUGGAUCUGAUUGUGUGUUCUGAGAACGGAAAGGCGUCUUCCACCGACAUCCUAAACAGUACUGACACCAUGACCACCAAAAAGCUGAAGAAGAGCGAGACGGAGCACCUCCUGAGCCGACUCGUGCACGACAAAUGGCUGUGUGAGAAACGUGGGGAAUACACGCUGUCCACUCGGUGUAUCAUAGAGAUGGAGCCGUAUAUUCGUAGCAUGUAUCAGGAGCACCUGAAAGUCUGUCACAUCUGCCACAGCGUUGCCUUCCAGUGUCAGAUCUGUGAGAAUCCCACAUGUGGAAUCAAAAUUCAUAAUCCGUGUGUGGCGAGAUACUUCAAAGGCCGGACGGAGCCUCGCUGUCCAGCCUGUGAUGACUUCUGGCCUCAUGAGAUCCCAGGUCCUGUUGCUUCCUGCAGACGUCGUCUGCAUCCUUCUUCUGUCACAUUUAUGUCAGCAGACGAUUCAGUUCCACAGCUGAAGCCAGCAGCAGUGCAUCUGGACAACCCCAUUGUGUGUUUGUGUAGUUGGUGUGUGGUGUGUUGGCUGGAGGUUGAACUCUGCAUUCUCUCUCUUUCACAGAAGUGAGACGACUUCAUUCUCAGUCUAAGAGAUGAGGAUCACAUCAGCGCUUUCAGACUGUUUUAUUUGUCUUUUAAUAAACUACAUUUCUACA